AUGCGCUACUUGGCUACAAAUCAUUCGCCAAAGCUCAUAUCGUCAAUUUUUAAACGAUCGGUCAUGUCUUUUGUGCAGGCUGCUCCUGAGAGAAAACAGAAACUCAUUGAAAACUACACUUCUAUCGAAACACAGGUGAAAAAUGCCGAAGUAGGAAAACCAGUCACACUAGUGGCAGUAUCGAAGUUGAAACCAUCCUCGGAUAUACAAGCAUUGUAUGACCAUGGCGUGCGUCAUUUUGGUGAAAAUUACGUCCAAGAGCUCGUGUCCAAAGCCAAGGAAUUGCCAAAAGACAUCAAAUGGCACUUUAUUGGAGGCCUUCAGACCAACAAAUGCAAGGAUUUGGGUGGCCAUAUCGAGAAUUUGUAUGCGGUUGAGACCAUUGACAGUUUGAAGAAAUGUAGGAAGCUCGAUUCGGCUCGCGAGGGCACGGGCUUUGCCAAAAUCAAUGUGUACUUGCAGAUCAAUACCUCGGGCGAGGACCAGAAGUCGGGCUACUCGCUUGAGAAGCUAGAUGAAUUAUAUGAGACUGUAGAGUUUCUUCUAAAUAAGAGCAAAAACCUCAACUUGGGGGGUCUCAUGACCAUUGGGCUGUUUGCUGAAUCUACUGGUGAUCUCGAUGAGAAUAAGGACUUUGCUGCUUUGUCUACUUUGAAGAAGCAACUCGAUGAGAAGUACUCGACCUCUUUGCUGCUCAGUAUGGGUAUGAGUAGCGAUUUCUUGCUUGCAAUCAAGCAGGGCGCCCUGUCUGUUCGUGUUGGAACUUCAAUUUUCGGCGCCCGUCCACCUAGAAAUUGA